UGAAAGUAUGGCGCCUGUGGGCCCGCGGCUGGUGCUGUGUGAGGAGAAGAUCCGGGAGAAGAGCGGCCUGGCGCCUCACCACGAUCUGGGUGCGCGGCGGUGGCGGCGGGCCGGCUGAGGAGCUCCAGUCGGAACUGCGCUGGCCCGUGACAGGAAGCUGAACUUCAGUCAUUAUCUAUUCCUGGAACUUACCAAGAAAAGAUUACUCACCUGGGAACUUCUUUGAUGAAUUUAACAGGUCUAAAAUCUUUAGACCUCUCACGCAACUCCUUAGUGAGUCUAGAGGGCAUUCAGUACCUGACCUCACUGGAAAGUCUCAAUCUCUACUACAACAGCAUCUCCUCCUUAGCAGAAGUGCUUCAGCUCCACUCCUUGACAGAACUCACGGAUGUGGACUUCCGGCUGAACCCUGUGGUGAAAAAUGAAUCUGAUUACCGCCUUUUUGUUGUGCACAUGCUCCCGAAGCUCAGGCAGCUGGGAGGAGCACUGCUGGGGAGGAGGGCAGGGAGCUCUGGCCACAGACAUCUGCCGAGGAAGGCCAGGAGCACAGAUGACCGUCCUGUGAGAGAGAGCGAGCGGAAAGCAUCCCGGCUGCAUUUUGCAUCAGAGGAGUCACUCGCCUCAAAGCAGAGCUUCCCAGCUGUUUUCAGAGUUGGAAGACCGUGCCACUCUAGGGCCCUGUGCACUGACCCCUCGGCCAAGAAGUGCUUGGUCAUGGAUGCAGAUGACGAGGCGGUCCUGAACCUCAUUGCUGAGUGCGAGUGGGACUUGAGCAACCCUCCUGGGAGCACAAGUUCCAGCCAGAGGGAGCGAGAGGCCGACCUCCACAGUUCCCAAGAAUCCAGACAUCUGUUGAGUCCUCAGUCAGUACAGCACCAGUGUGGGGAUUCCAUAAAGAAGAGCCAUGAGAAGAGGAAAGGCAGCUCUCGAGGGUGUGGUCCAGAAAAGAGGCUUCAGAACCAGUACUGUGGGGAGCUACCCCCACAGUGUGGACAGCAUGUGCACUUUACCCCACACCCAGAUUCCACAGACAUUGAGGACUCGGCCCUUUCUCAGAAGUCAAGUUUGUCAGCACAAAAGGUGUUAAAUCCAUUGCCUGCUCCUGAAAAGUACAGGAAGCGAAGAAUGCCUGGCGGGAGAUUCCAGGCACCUGCAGACCAGGAGUGUCUGAGACGCCUGGAGAGGCCCAACGUUUCCUCGAGCCCCGAGGAGACUCUGAGCAGGCAGAGUGGCUCGGAGGGCAGGAGUGAAAGGACCUUGUCUCGCUCCGAGGUAUCGGAGCCUGAGGAGGAGGGGCCCCACAGCAGGAGUGGCACUGGAGAGGUAGCUCCCACACUGUACUCGGCUGUGUCGCCUGUGAGGAAGGCUGCGCUGGAGGUGGCACUUCUGGAGGCGCUCCUUGACCUGGUGGACCGGUACUGGAGCGGCUGCAAGUCCCUGCAUGGCAAUGAGGUGUUCUGGGCUCAGGCAAGACACAUUUUGUCCUCUGUGCAAGAAUUUACAACAACUCAGGAUAGUUCAACAAGUGUGAGUGAAGAAAUUAGCUACCUUACUCUGGAAAAUAAGUCUCUGCAGAAGCACCUCGCUGAACAGCGGCAGGAGUACCGUGUGAAGAUGAGUGAGGCGGUGUCGGAACUCAGCGACAUGCGGAAGGAGAUGGAUGACUUGAGGCAACAUUUAGACAAAUCUUUGAAGGAGAACAGUAGCUUAAAGGUUCUUUUGUUCAGCAUGAGAAAAGAAGCAAAACAUGCGGACACUGCAGCUACGUUAAAUGUGCAGAUCACUGGACUUCAAACAAGUGUGAAGAGGCUCUCUGGUGAGAUUGUGGAAUUAAAGCAGCAUCUGGAGCACUAUGACAAGAUCCAGGAGCUCACCCAGAUGCUGCAGGAGAGCCACAGCGCCCUGGUCAGCACCAACGAGCAUCUCCUGCAGAACCUGAACCAGGUGCGGGCGCAGCACAAGGCCGAGGUGGAGCAGCUACACUGGAGCUACAAGGAGCUCAAGAAGAUGCUGGCCCUGUUCCCGCACAGCAGCGCCAGCCUCGGCGGCUGCUAGUCCCAGUCCCACCAGUGCCCGUACACCCACACCCGGCCUCCAGGUGCUGUGGCUGGCGCAUCUGUAUUUGUUUUGCCAAGCCUAGUAAAAUGUGGGAAUUCUUUUCUACCUACUGUGUUUGUUGGCAAGAGCUGGGUCUUCUGUUCAUAACUAUCUGAAGUGUUUUGAAAUGUAUUCAGGGCCUGUUGCUCGGUUUUCUAAAACGUCCUAAGAAAGACAGGAUCGGUCUGUCUCUGAGUGAGUCUGGGGGUAAGGAUGUGCAGGGUGUAGUAUUUGCAAAGAGCGGGCAACCAGGAUUAUUAUUACUUCGGACUCCAGCACGCUGCUCGUGUUUCCCGAAAUACGACAGGUUGUACCCAAAAAAAGGAUUAAUCUAAGCCCUUCACAUGUUUUGAGACAAGAAACACUGAUAUAUUUUGAGACCAACAUUAUUAAUUUUUCAUAAAAUACCUUGAGAUAAAGAAAAUGCAGUAUUUUUUCCCCUGAUGUAAAAGAGAAUGGUGUCUGAUCACUAAGUGAUUUUCUGUGCACUCACUCCUUGUUUAAUAAACUAAUAGAUUGUUUUUAAAAGUG